UUCGUUCUGAAAAGUGCAUGCCUUCAAAAGGUAGAAGUGAUUCAUUCCUCACACUGACAACAGUGCCGACAAAAAUUAACAGCGGUCCUCAAAAAUUACCCAUUUUUCGUCGUUGAGCCCCAGAAUGCUAUCACACGGUCAGUGACAGGACUAGGUUGAUGUUCUUGGUACCAAAUUCUGCAGGCUUAAUCCCUUUGAGGGAUAUGGCGGUCACGGCGUACCGCGUGAUGCUGUUCUUUGCGGGUUGUGGGGCGAUGGUAUCUACAUCGGGCAAUUCGGGAACGGUGGGAAUCUUGCCCGUCACUCAGACAUGGCGCCCUAUCAAGCAAAGCGCCGCUCUCGACCUGGCACCCGCUUCUGGGAUCAGCUUUCCCAACGUGAAAAACGGCCCGCGACUUCUUGGUCUCGAGAGAGCAUGCAGUCUCCACAAAGCCGUUCUUGACCAAAACAAAUUUCCACAGUUCAUCCAGUUUAAACACCACUUACCGGACUUAAAGGAAUUUACACUAUGUGUCUGGCAUAAAUUUUACAACCACACAUAUGAGCAACCUCUUUUCUCAUACUCACUUCCUCAUCAGCCAAAAGAAAUCCUGAGCUGGAUCUCCAAUGUAGAGAAACAGAGUUAUUAUAUGUUCGCCAUCAAUGGGAAAACCAUGUACCGAUUGAAUUACCCUGUUAAACUACAAAGGUGGUACCAUACAUGCCAGUCUUGGAAUGGGAAAACAGCAGAAUGGCAAAUCUGGGUCAACAAUGAACGAGUUGGUCGUGGAUACUACAAUAUUUUGGCUGGUCAUGCGAUCAAAUCUGGCGGUGUUGCGAUAUCUGGUCAGACACAUCCCGAUUACAGUAGCCGUUACAUGGGACUGCAAAAUGAGAUUGAAGGACUUCAGGGUGAAAUAACUAUGCUGAAUGUAUACAAAGCAGCACUGACAGCUGGCAAAGCGUACCUUAACCACAAACAUCACCACGUGCAUGUUCACUAUCAUGAUGACAAAGAUGGUGCAGGGUACGAACUGGACGAUGAGACGCAGGAAAACACUGACAAUGGACCACCCACGAUAAAAACGGGGUCGGGUUUUGACGGCCCAACAGAAGACCCUCUGAUUAAAAAUGGGCAGCUAGUUCACAGGCUUCCAAUUGACCAACUCCUAGCAAACAUUAAGAAACAACCAGAGGCAGCAAAUCUUGAUGUUUUCGUUCCUAUAAAUAACGCACUUCUCUUCAACAAUGGAGACAAAGACUCAUUCAGUGUCCAGCAUUUGCGCCUGUUCAAGCGGGAAAAUGGCGAACUUGCCACGGAGGCUAAAACUGAUGUUGACCAUGGAAAAAAUAUUUCUAAGAUUGAAAAGCGGAUUAAACGAGAGACCCAAUCUACAACAAACAAAACGCCUAAAGGAACGACACCAUCAUUUGUGUCUGAUGGACCUGAUCUAGCCCGUCAAAAGCGAAUCAUCCCUGGAAGUAUAGAUGACUCAGAUGAGGAUCUCAAGCGAAAGUCUGUGUUUGAAGAAAUGUUGAGCAAAAUACCAUCUGUUACAGCUUCUUUCCCCUCAUUUUCAGCCGGUGACAACUCACUACAAACUUUCGGAGAUUACGAUGCGCAAAAAACAGUUACCAUCGAACCUCGACCAUCUGAGAAGCCCCCUCAAUUUACAGAACCAGCAGAGUGGGAGGUAAAAAUGCUUGCAAAUUUCUGUUCUGGUUGCAGCACUGACCCAUUUCACAAAGCUAAUGUGUUGUCUUGGCAAGAGACACCAAAAAAGCUUAUGGGUGGCUCAAUGUACAUUCAAGCUGUGCCAAAAUGUAGCUUCUUUUAAUCCUUGACUUUUACGGGUUAUUAGUUUUAAAAGACUAAAUAGGGAGUCAAUGGAGCCAUAUAAGUCUACCGCCAAAAUAAUGUUACGAGGAAUGAUUGAAAUUUUGCAGAGGAAGGAGGAAGAAAAAAUCAGUCUGAAAAUAAGCAGCUAUUAUUGACAAAGGAUUAAAAAAUAAAAUCCUGAUUUUUCCCAAUGGUGAUGGUGAGGCUAGGGUUAUCUCACGUUUGAUUUGAUUCGGAGCCGGUAUUGAGCAUUAACAGCUACACCCACUAGAGCAAUUUUAGUGGAGUGUUGCAGUUCACAACAUGUAGUGAAUACGGCGAAUUGGCGGCAAUUAUCUCAGCAAUGGGCCUGUUGCAAACUUUUGCUAGAGCAAAAAUAAGAGUUAUUUCUUAUAGAUAAUGCCUCAAAAAUCACGAU